GACAAACGAUGGACGACGGCGGCAGGAUUGUACAUUGCCCAAUCCGAUUGCCGUCAUGAAGAGCGUAGCCUUCUUCGCAGCCGCCUUUAUCACGGCGGCGUCGGCAACUUCAUUAGAAAAGUGUGGUGCCGCUGUGACUGGUGUUCUCACGGCGGCAGCCACUAACACUGGUUCAGUUGAAUGCCACAAGGAGACGGGCAUUUCGACCUCGGCAACGACCGCGUCGGACGAAGAUGUGACCAAAGCUGCUGCCUCGAAGGCAUGCAACACGUGGUGGGACGGAAUCGUGACUGACAUCAACGCGAUUGACCCAGCGUGCAAGUUUCCCCAGUUCGACGGCAGUGGCCGAACCGUCCACACGGACAAAUUCCGCAUGAAGUACAAGGAAUUCUUGCAUGUUAGCCAACAGGUGAUGAAAAAACAGGCAGGCAAUGACACCGGGAGUAGCGCUGCUACCCCCGUGACGCUGGAGCAGUGCGGCGUGUCCGUGAGCACCAUCCUCACCCUGGCGGUGUCCAACAGCGGCGCCAAGGCUUGCUCGACCGAAACGGGCAUCCCGCUGGAUGCGACGUCCAUCUCAGACGAAGCUUUAGCCAAGGCAUUGAAAGCCAAGUCGUGCAAGAAGUGGUGGGGGAAGAUUGUGACCGACAUCAAGGCCGUCAAGCCUGCGUGCGACUUUAACAGCCUCGACGGCAGCGGCACCCCCGUGCACACGGCUACGUUCGACCUCAAGUACGACGAGUUCUUGGAACUCGGCAAGAAGUUGGCGGCUGCCAAGUCGACCGCGAAGACUUCGGCCAAGAAAGAUGCAAGCAAGACUGUCACGACCAAGGCGGCCACGACAGCUGCCGCGCCGACUACGACCGCCGCGCCAGUCAAGUCGAGCGCCGUCAUGGCGUCGCUGAGUGUCACUGCGAUAGCUAUGGUGGCAGUGUUUGUAUAAACCAUGUCUGUUGAAUCGUUUUGCAACUCACGUUUGCAUCAUCGUUUGGUGGUGCUAGGAAUAUUAUAUACAUAACAUACUCUUCACAACACAUGCAAA